CUACGUACUAAUAUGCCAUAAUAAAAAAUUAAGGUACCAAAAUUUACCUUUUUAAUGAUAUUUUACGUUAAAAUUAAGAUUUAUGAAUCAAAAUGUACAUUACAAAAGAUAUAGGUACUAAAUUGUAAUUUUUCAAAUAUCCAUGAAUCCAAGCAUUGAAUUCACCAAUCCAAUUUAAGAUUUUUAGUUUGGAUUAAAUGGAUUAAAUUUAAAUAGAUGGUAUUAAUAAGAUAUUUUAAUGGAUGAAUUGGAUACAAAAUUGCACCUUCUAACUCAAUUACUGAAUCACCCUUUAAUCAUGAGAAAUUGUAGUUCACAGCACAAGGGCCACGCACCCCAAGCUACUUCCAAGAACAUUGUGACAAACGUACAUGCAUGCAGUACUAGUUUUGCAUUCACCAACAAUUGUGACAAAAGGAAAAUGUCCAUUAUAUUUUGUACCUUCUCCAAAGUUAGGGGUUCAAUUGGGAGAAAAUGGGGUAGAUAAAUGUCCAAAUCACACGAAGUUUUGGGAUAUAGACAAUGCAUCGUUCCCUGAGUGUGGGAGUCUGUAGGAGUGUACGUAUAUCUAUAUAUUUUCCAAAUUCCAACUCCACCAUAAAAGUAGAUACUUUCAUAUCUGGCCCUCCUGACUUGUCCAGACCUACUGAUAUAGAAUCAGAAUAAUAUAAUUGACCGUCAUAUCCGAUUUGUAAUAGUUGCAUGAAAGCAAUGACAAUUUAACAUAAAUCAGUCACUCAUAUCCGAUUCAAGGGCGUUAGAUGCUAGUGAGCACAAUAGCAAACAAAAUUCAUUGCAAUUAAGUCGGUGUUAGACAAGAAAGGGACCGGAAUAUGAAAGAAAGCAUUACAAUUAGUCGUGUUCAGUAGUGUUUAGUGGGGGGUUUGGGAGCCGAAUUAAUUGGCUAAUGCGACCUUUGAUCGUACGUUACGCAGACUAAGACGACUAAGAUUUUGAUGGGGAGACUUUGCAAACUGAUUAGACUCUGCUCUAGAAGAAUUAAAGUAAGCACAUGCAGUUUAAUUAAUUAUCUUCUAAUUACUUUAAGCAUGGUUGCUAUCUAGCCAGCUAAUGGAGGGGAAGCCAGCCAGCCAGUUGUUGAUGCGUAAUGUGGAAUGUGCAGUGCCAGUCCAGUGUAUAGUAUAGUGGCCCAUCCCGCCAGUCUCCUCUCAACCAUUCCACCUGCAGGCGCCUUGGGAAGCGGAGGUAAUAAUUGUGGAAAUCAAUUAGUUAUUGACAUAGUUUCCGAGUUUUGAUGAUUGAGAUGUCUCGUGUUUGAAUUCUAAUGAUCAUUGUUUGUUAAAUACAUGAUAUUCGAAUGCAUGUAAAUUUUAAGUUCAUAUUAGAUGACUUUCAUUUAAUGAAUCAGGUUAAUAAAUUAUCAAAUUUAUAAUUGAAUCUCUCCAAGUAAUCCGAGUAAUCAGGCCCAACAGAUUCUUGACACAUGUAAUGUCGAGGAAUCGAAAAGGUGUAUGAAUCGUGGAUGCAUGUGAAUGCUAUUUGAUAUGAGUGCAAUUCUUCGAGAGGUGUAUUGCAUAUAAUUUUGCCAUGGUGCUAACUUUUUUGUCAUGACAUAACUUAAUAGUAGUAAGCAUUAUUUUCUUGGAAUAUUUUCUGAACAUAACUUAAUUACAAUAUUUUCUUUUUCAAUUUAGCAAGAAAAAGGAAUGGAAGAAAUUAUUGUCUCUUAGGUGUUGUCACGGAAACUCCGGUGGCAAGAAUCAAGAGCCAGGUCUCAGUCAUUGAGAGUUCAUUAGACGAUUACAGAACUAUGCUGCCGAAACAACUAGUUACCAAGAAUUUGGGGCCUGCUGUAAGUAUUCUCAAUAGAGAAGUAAGGAAGCAUUCAAAAGGGCUAAAUCCCAGACCUUGCAUAAACACGACUUUCUCUCGUUUAUCGAGAGGCACUGUGGCGGCCGAAACCCUAGAUUUUUCGAGAGCAAAACUGUGAUCGAUCUCUGAUUCUGAUACGGUAUACCUCAUACGAAAGUUGAUCUAAGAGCUAGCAGGGAUAACCUCCAGGGCUACAUUGCAACGAGUUCGUAGCUAUAUUGAGACGAAGCGGAAACAAGUGUUCUCUCGAAAACCUAACGAAAUUCGACGAAACAAGGUGGAGUGUAACCCAAGUUACAUAAAAAGGAGUCCAAGCGAGCCUUUUAAUGAUGGAAUCCACAAAUAUCAGAGCGAAGGAAACAUCUGAGAAGGAGGUUGUUGAGGGAGGUUUUAACCCUUCGGCUAGGCUGGAAGAAAAACUCAAUCAAAUCACCCUGGAGGAGGAUGAUGAAGAGCCGUUGGAAGUUGAAAAUGUUGAUGUCGAUGUUGUAAGAAUGGAGGUUAUUCGUCAUCUGGGACUAGUGGGAAGAUUGCUUGUAGAGGAGGAACCAACUAUCAAGUCAAUGAAAUACGCAUUGACAAAAGCAUAGAGAUUGAAGAAAGGCUAUCAGAUUACUGAGCUGGGUAAUAACCUCUUUGGUUUUCAAUUUUUGGAGCUGGAUAAUCGUAAUAAGGUUUGCUAUGGGGGCCCCUGGGAUUAUGAGAACAAUGUGAUGCUCUUCACAGCAAGUUGGUGGAUCAAGAAACCAACACCUGCAGAUCUGCACAAGAUGAAAAUAUGGAUUUAGGUUAAAUAGUUUACCGCUGAAAUUAGAACACAGUCCAUGGCAGAGAAGAUAGCAAAUAGAAUUGGUGAAUUUAAUUUCUUUGAUGACAGUUCAGAGAAAUAAUGGGAUGAUUUUUUACGGAUUCGUAUAAGCAUCUCCAUCAAUAAUCCUCUAAAGAAGAAGAUUAAGCUGAACGUUGGAGGAGAACUGAUGGAGUUUCUGAUAAAGUAUGAGAAGCUUCCCCUAUUCUGCCAUUCAUGUGGCAGAAUAGGACAUAUCAAAACCAUAUGUCCCAAACCAUCACAGUUGGAAAGUGACCCUUUUGGCUUUGAUGUGCGAAAAGCUCCUCCUGUCCCAAGGAACUGGUUGUCGCAUAGAGCAAAGAAAGAGGAAGUGGAUAUUUGGAGACAACUUAGAAUAAAAUUUGAUCUAGAAAGCUCAAGAUUGAAUUCUGGGAAAGGUUCACCACCGUAGCAGGAAGAAAACCAUACUGAGAUGGAAUCAAACCAUCAUGACAGAAGCACGGAGCCUGCCCCUAUGGACAUAGGAACAGAAUCAAAGAGGAUGCAUCCAGAAGAGGGGGGAGAGAAACAAAAAGUAGUAACACAAAAGGAGACUGCUGGAAGGGGAACCCCUACAGCUAGAGUCGGGCAGAGUAGUGCCUCUCUGACAAUGGGUGCGGUCAAGAAAUUCUCUGAGAAAGAGAGGCAAGAGAAAGGGCAGAGAAGACCAAGUGUGGAAGCGCCAGGAACAGGUGUGAGCUCGGGAGACAAAUCCAGUGCAGCUCACCCCUCAAAAGUGCACAAUGGAGCUACCAGGGGGGCUAGGAGAUACAAGAGACAGAUAAUACACACCAAAAGAAAGCCAUAACUCUAUCAUUCAUGGACAUGAAAGGACAGGAGAAGAAUAAAUAAAAGGAGGAUAUGAGAAGUGGGGAGGAACAACAGAAGAACUGUGUUGACCACGACAAGGCAAUUGGUAUGGGUGGAAAAGUUCUAACGACAGUGAUGGAUGGAACUAACAUCCAGAGUAAGGGUGAAACAACUGAUAAGAGUAAGGGUGGAAACAAGGAAGAGAAACAGGAGGCAAGGAAGGCAGCUGAAGUGACGGUAAACAAACAAUUGAUUGGCGGAGUGGCGAUCCCUGAGAAGUUUGAGGGCCGCCCAGCCCAAUGAGUAUUAUAAGUUACAACUGUCGUGGCUUGGGGAAUCCCAUGACAUGUGCACGAGUAGCUGAGCUACUCAGAGAACAAGACCCCAGUAUAGUCUUCCUUAUGGAGACUAAGAAGCAAGAACAUGAAUGGGAAGACACAAUCCAACAACUUGGAUGGUCAAAAGGAAAGGGUGUAGGAUCUAGAGACCGAGCAGGAGGUCUAUUACUAUUGUGAAAGGAAGAGAUCCAAGUCAUUAUUAAAGCCCUACCUCGUAAUUACAUAGAUGCCCGAAUCAUUGAGCAUCCAGAAGAAAAUAGGUGGCGUUUAACUAGGAUUUAUGGGUGGUCAGAACAAGAAAACAAACCAAUGACAUGGGAUCUAAUCAGGCGACUAAGUGGGUAACAGAAUAUGCCAUGGAUGAUUUGUGGUGACUUCAUUCAAGUCCUAAGCUAUGAAGAAAAGAAUGGAAUCAAUCCACCUGAUCAACCGAACAUGGAGGAUUUUGAAAUGACAUUAUACAAAUGGUAGCUCGAAGACUUAGGUUACUAUGACAAUAUGUUCACAUGGGACAUUGGGAGAGUGGAUGAAACCUUCUUGGAACAACGGCUUGAUAGAGCAGUAGAAAAUUAUGCAUGGAGAGAAUGGUUCCUAGAAGCUCGAGUUUAUCACUUAGACAGAUGGGUUUCUGACCAUUUGCCAAUAAAAGUGGAACUCAAUUUGCAGGAAGACAAAGUGAGAUGAGGAUGGCAUUUCAAAUUCGAGUCUUAUUGGCAAACCCAUUAAGACUGCUAUGUUGUUAUAGAAGCAUAAUGGAAUAAAGACCCUGACAAAACCUUAGAAGAUAAAAUUAAAGACUGUGAAAUGGCUCUCUUGACCUGGAGCAAGAGAACGUUUUGGUAGUCUUAAAGCAAGAAAGAGGAAGAUUGAAAGGGCUUUAGCCAAGAUUACCAAACAAAGAAAGAAAAAGGCGAUGCUGUUACAAUGUAGAGUGCUACAGAAGGAACUGAAUGAAGUGCGGAGUUUGGAGGAAAUUAAGUGGAAGCAAAGAUCUCGAUCGCACUAGUUAAAGGAGGGAGAUAAGAACACAGGUUUCUUUCAUCGCAAGGCUUCGAAUAGACAACGACAUAAUACAAUUAAAGAGCUGCGAGAUGACGAUGGUACAUAAUUUAAAGGUCAGGAGGAGGUUAUGGGGUGUUUCUCGCAGUACCUUAAAGUACUAUACUGAGCAGGACAAAUAAUGAAUAUGGAAGAGGUACUGGCAGCUGUGGAACCUAAGAUUACUCCCCAAAUGAAUGAAGAACUCCUAG